UUCAUCGUGUACACGCGCGUAUGUGUAGGAUGUAGAUAAGGUACAUUUUUUUUAAAUGUGUGUAAGCGCUUUGUCCUUUGAUAAAUUCUGCUAAUAAUUUGAACCACGCAUUAGUACAACGGAGUAGUUGAGUUUCUAUCGUCAAAAUGAAUAUUCAUUUCUUUACGCUCGCUCUUCUCCAUUUUGCAGUAGCGCAUUUAUGUCAGGGAUUGCCAAUAAAUUCGGUAAAAAAAAUCCUCGGUGGUUCAGACGUGAAUAUUAAAUUCAUUCCUUAUAUGUUGUCAGUUAUGCUGAAUGGUGAAUACAUAUGUUGUGCUGCUAUAAUCGAUAAACAUUAUGCUGUAACAGCAGCUCACUGCGUGAGAGCAGCUAAGCAUCCUACUAAGGAAAUUAGUGUACGCAGUGGAUCUUCUUUUUUACAUAAAGGUGGUACCAUCCACGAAGUAACUCGUGCUUUUGUACAUAAAGACUACAACAAUAUAACAAAUGACUAUGACAUCGCCGUGAUUAAAAUAACACCUCCAUUUGACAAUUCCACAAAACCAGUUUAUCUAGUACAAAAUGAUGCUGAAGAUACUUAUACGAAAUGGGGUUUAGUUUGCGGUUGGGGAUAUUAUAUAAAAAUAAACGAUUACAUUUAUCCUGCUCUUACGGAAGUGCCUCAUUGCGUCAUGAUACCACAAAUACAAAAAGAGCAAUGUUAUAAAGAUUACAAACUCAGGUAUGAGUUAACAUCUCGAAUGACGUGUUAUGGAUUUCAGGAGGGUAUGGAUGAUACUUGUAAGGGCGAUUCUGGUGCAGCAUUAAUUAACAAAGACAAUAUUCUGCUUGGUGUAACUUCAUGGGGAGAUGGUUGUGGAGAACCGUAUUCACCCGGUGUGUACACUGAUGCCAUAUUUCUUCAAAAUUGGAUUAGAGGAAAAAUCGAAAAAUGUACGUAAGAAUUUAUUGUUGUAAGUAUACAUACACAGAUAGAAAAUUAUAUAAAAAUAUAAUUAUAUUAAUUAUAUAUGUAUACAGAAAAUAUCUGACAAUUCGAGGCAUAACGCUCAUGUGCAGGUAGAAUGGGUCCAACAGGAAAGUCAUGCACUGAGAAGAAAUUUACUGAAGAAAAGAACAUUUUGUUAAAUUUUAAUAAACCGUUUGUUUGCAUGCAAUUGUGAACGCAUUUUCUUUUCAAUAAGCAAUUUAUUUGUUUAACAAUAUCUUGAGCGCAUAUUUUUCAAUAAGCAAUUUACUUACUUGUUUAACACUUUGUAAUCCACGAAGACGCUUGACUAAUGUGUUUGAACUUAUCGAAGGCAUAAUAGCCGUGCUUAUUUGAUUUUUCUUUCUUCUUAUAUAAAUGUUGAUAUCUAAAAUCAUAUAUAUACGCAGAUAGCGUGUGUCACCCAUUUUCUAAGAGGGGAGUUUGCACAUCCUGGAUAAUAAUUAAUAGUGAUUGACAGUGAUUCAUUAUGAUAAACGUGUGUAUUAAUAAAAGUUGCAUAUUCCGAAUGUGUGUGAGGAAAUAUGAACAAAUGAGCAAGUGAGUCGCAGGCACCUCACAUAAGCGCGUCAGACUGCAAGUUGCGCCACUUCUACCUACUUCCUCUACCCGACUCUUAAUAAGCUAUUUCUGUUAAUAAUUUUAAAAAAUAAGCUUCGGAAAAAGUUUUGCUAUAUAAAAAGUUGCCUCGUAAUUUAGUUAGGAUUACGUAGCUUUAAUGAUAAAAGGUUGUUUUGAAUCACUCUGUACAUAUAUUUGUUAUUUUAUUAUACACGUCAUGCGUAAAAGAGGAACGAUAUAAAAAUUUAUAGACUAUCUUUGAGACCAGCUCGUCGGGAAAUAUUCCUAACUAUUGUUCAGUGAGUAAAAUUUUUAAACACUUUUAUUUGAUAAAUCCGAACAUGUGCAGUUUAUUAUUUACAAUAUGUAAGUAGCUUAUAAGUUAUCAGUCUUGCGGCUCUCGGAUAGAAGUAAUUACACGCUUCUAUAUGUACACGUGACACAGAUAAGUCUCAUUACAGUGAUAAUAUUUUUAGUUAUCAUCUUCGACGAGUACAACUCAAGUAGUCUCGGACAUGUUCCGAUCUGAAGCAAAAGUAUCAAUAAAAAUUCGGUUCGCUAAUAUUAAAUUUAAUCAUCUUUCACGUUCUCUCAAUACACCUGUUUACUAACAAAGAGAGAUCCGGGUGUAUUCCUCGUGGAUUUUGGAAGGCUCGAUAUUAUAUUUAUUUAUAUAUAUAUAUAUUAAUACAUAGAGUUUGACACUAUAAAAAUAAUAUGUAACAUUUAAAUGUCGAUGGGCUGUAGAAUUGACGUUACAAGAUUUUAAAAUUUGAAAUGACCUCACGCAUGAGCGAUAUUACAGCGAAUAUCCGAGGCUUACAAGGUCAAUUUGGCGCAUAGUAUCAGCUCGAGCUUUCGCGUAUUCGAGACCAACGGGUGAUAUUUUUCAGUGUUAUCUUUUCUCUAAUAUUAAUUUUUUCUUGCAUUCUUCGUAAAUUCUUUCGAAACUAAUUUUUCAAUGACUGUACAAGACAAAAGUAUUUUUUUUAAUUUAAUUGUCUCUUAACAAUUUUGGUAAAUGUUUGGAAAUAUUACUCCACCGAAAACUGCGUUUUUUAAAUAAUAAUCAAUAAAACAAGUUAUAAAAAGAUAUAUAAUUAUAUAAUCGAUUUUGAGAUUGUCCUAAAUUGCUUAAAUUAUUGUAAGCUUUUCAAUAAUCACUUAUAAUAAUCGAUCCUGUUCUUAUAAAACGUUGUACGAUUUCUUCAAGAGUAUUAAAAUCUCGACAUUGUAUGGAUUCAGCAAAGAAUUUUUUGGUAUUGUAAAUUCAAAACCACUAAAAAACCAUGUUCAAUUAUCAAACCUCUUGAAUUUUCUUAUGCUAAACUUUGCUUUAUCUAUCUCUAUAACAAUGUCUAGCCCACCUAUUAUCAUUAAAGUAUUUUUUUCUGACCAAUAGAUCAUCGUAUCUCUCUUAUAAACUUUAAUCAGUCAAUAAUCGCUUGUCAUCCUACGUUGAUUUCAUUCUCAAAACAAUUUGAUGUGGUGAUAGCAACAAAUGUUACACACAAUAAAUCGACACUAUGCAAUUAGAAACAAAUGCGCAUUACAGAACGAUAUUCCCGUACGCCAUGAUUGCUAGAAGUUACAACGAGAAUCAAUGUAUUUCUUCCACGUUUUUCUUUUCUCAUUUUUGGCAUCCUCAUAUUCAAUUUUCACUUGAUAUAUGUUCAUUAUAAGUAUUGCACAUAACUUUAGUAGGUAUGAUAUUGUAAAAAAUCACUGAUUAUUAUUAUAUUAUAGAAAAAUAUAUCUAAUGCCUGUCGAAGAGUAACGUGACAAUUUGUACAGUUAUCAUUCACUUCCAUCGCCAAAAGUUAAAUGAAUGAAACAUACAGAGAACGCAUUAAAUAAACAGAGCACUGCUGAUCUUUAGAAUCGAUUGCAUAUGUUUAUAAAUAUAAAAAACUUUCUGGCGAAGUUGUAACUAUCAUAAAAUUGAUCUUUAACAUUUUAAAUAUACCUUAACGUUUUUCGAUUUUUACAUAAAAGACCUCAUAUCCUUUUCUUAAAACUUAUACAAUUAUCUUUUUAUAACCUAUUUUAUUGAUUACUACAAAAAACACAGUUUUCGGUGGAGUAGUACUUCCAAACAUUUACCACAAUUUUUUUUACCACAAUUUUUUAAUAUAAUUAUGGUAUAAUUAUAUAAGAAAUUUUUUUUCUUUUAAUUUAA